UCCAAAGAAAACAUUUUAUUUCCAACCAAACAGACCCUAAACCACUUUCCUUUUACUUGGGUGUAAGGUAAUGCGCUGCCUAUAGUUUCUCUGAAAUGGUCGUCAGAUAGUCGGCAAAACUACUUGUGCCAUGCCAUGCCAUGCCAUGCCUGUUCUGGAAAAUCUAAAUCAAGGAGAUGUAUAAUAUUAUCUCUGAUGUUUGCCGGAGAGGUCCAAUUUCAUCGCACUCCCAAGAUUGAGGACCUGCAGAGGCAGCAAUUGAUCAUGUAGUUAGUUAAUCCCUGUAGCAAAUGAUCUCAAAACAAUAAAAAAAAAAAAGUGCAUAAAAGAUCAAAGAUUCCAAAAUCUGAGGAGUUGUUCACAAGACAAGACUGGCUCCCUCCACCACUGUCCUUUGCUUUGCUCAGCUGCCAAAUAAUGCACAUACGGCAUAACAUUUCUCAUAUGGUCCAAUCGCUUUCUUUCAAGAUCAGCAGCACUCCAGCCAGCCAGGAUAAGCAUUUUUUACGUUUUGCCGACAUUAAAACGGCAAAAGAUAUGGAGGGGGAGCUGAAACACUUUAGCCAUGAAAAGCAUCCUCGCUACUCAGCUCCAGCACGAUGAUCAGAAACCUAUUAAUAGUGUCUGCUACGGCUGUCAAAAACCAAUUCUUGAAGAGCCCACAUACAAAUGCAGCGAAUGCAACAUCUUCCUCCACAAAACAUGUGCAGAGCUGCCAAGGGAGAUGUUGCAUCAUCCCCUGCACCCUAACCAUCCACUCAAACUCCUGCCAAAUUCACCUUAUCCCAAAGACAGAAGAUGCUUGUGCGAUGCCUGUAGACAACCAUGGAAUAGCUUCGUCUAUCAUUGUUAUCGUUGUAACUUCGACCUUGAUAUCUUGUGUGCUUUUCCUCAAGGCAAAUUGGAACAUCCUAGCCACGAACAUCCACUGACUCUGGUACAAAGAAUAGCUUCGUUCGCUUGCGAUGCUUGUGGAACAAAAGAGGAGCAGCAAUCCUAUAUUUGUACUGCCUGUACCUUCUGGAUCCAUAGGAGUUGUGCCUUGUUGCCGACUAUCAACCAUCGAAAGCCUCAUCAGCAUCCUCUUUCUCUUGCAUAUUGUUUUCCGAUUGAAUAUUGUAGAUAUGAAAUUCCGUGUGACAUCUCCUUCAAGAAAAUACCCUUCCAAAAUUGGGUGUACUAUUGCGGUCCCUGUAGAUACUUUGUCCAUCUCAAGUGCAUGACAAGGGACAGGAUUCUACCGCAAGUAUUCUUCAUUUUUUUUCUUAGUUAUAGAAUAAUCCAGGUUGUUCAGUUCAAUGAUUAUAACAUUAUAGAGAACCCACUUCGUGGCGAGACACCGAAUUUAAACAUCUCCUUCUGUAUAAGCAGGCGUGGAAUGCAUGGACCAAAGGGUAAGGAAGAUGAGGAGGAUUUGGUCCAAUUACCUACCAACUAUUUUGUCCAGGAAAUGAGACACAUUUUGGAGAAAAAACAGGGCCUGGAGAUUAUGCGAGUUCCCAAGAAAGUACAGGUCAGUUGUUGCCAACAUACCUUGGCUAUUGUGGACAUCCAGAAACUUAUCAAAUCAAGAAAUAUUGAACGCAUAACGUGCAACCGAUGCAUUGAACCUGUUGUUUCCUUGUGCUGCCAUUGUACUCAAUGCAAUUAUUUUGUCCACUUAACCUGUGCUCAAUUACCAGAGGAACUACAACACCCAAGUCAUGAGAAGCAUAAACUUAAGCUGGCUUUUGUGUCAUUUGUAUGGGGGAUGAUCAAGUGUAGCGCGUGCAAUCUGGACUAUAAUGGCUACUUAUUCAAGUGUGACACAUGCAGGUUGUAUACUUUUGAUCAUGAUGUGAAGUGUGCUUUAUUACCCUCCACAAUCGAUCACAAAGCACACGAGCAUUCCCUUGUUCAAAUGUAUAGGGGCAAUGGCAACAGAUGUAACUCCUGUGGAAAUGUUGUUCGUAGUUUUCUUUAUGCCUGUGAGCCUUGUGGUUUCUAUUUGGACUAUGAAUGUGCUUUGCUACCAGAGAGUGUCAAUCACAGGUGGGAUAAAUACGCUCUUCCCCUAAGCUUUCCUCCUUUCAGUGACCGUCCUGAUGAAUUCUAUUGUGAGAUUUGCAAAGAAGAAAUUCAUCCCAGGCGUUGGCACUAUCAUUGUCGCGAGUGUGAUCAAUCUUUUCACCCUCGUUGUAUCCCCGGACUUGGUGUGACACGAAAUUGCAAUUUUGGGCGCAUUCUUGAAUUUGGAAGACAUCCGCACCCUCUCAAGUUAGUUUGUGAUGGUGAAUAUCGUUCCACCUGCGACUCUUGCCAUGAACGGAUGUAUGGCAACAGGGUGUUUAAAUGUGAAACUUGCCAGUUCUAUAUAUGCAUUAAAUAUGUAGCAAGAGUAGCUAAUUCUGGCAAAAUCGCUGGUCCUGCUAAGAUUUCUGAGUGAUGUGUUUAAUUUAAUGUACCCUAUUUGGGAAAAGGCAAAUGCAGAUAUCCUUGUUCAAACAAGUUGUAUUGGUGUCACUCUUCCAAUUGCAAAGUAUG